AUGUCUGAUUGGAAAGUUGACCCUGAGAAUCGAAGACGAUUGUUGCAAUUGCAAAAGAUCGGACCUAACAAAAAAUGUAUCGAUUGUGGAGCACCUAAUCCUCAAUGGGCCUCUCCGAAGUUCGGCAUAUUCAUUUGCUUGGAAUGUGCAGGGAUUCAUCGAGGAUUAGGCGUUCAUGUCUCAUUCGUUAGAUCAAUUACAAUGGAUCAAUUCAAACAAGAGGAACUUGUUAGAAUGGAGAAAGGUGGUAAUGGACCGUUUGCAGACUACAUGACUGCUCGCGGUAUUGAUAUGUCGUUACCGCAUAAGGUAAAAUAUAAUAAUCCUUUCGCAGACGAUUACAAAGAAAAAUUAACAUGUGAAGUAGAUGGUACCGAAUUCGAUGAGCACGAACAUCCAGAUUUUGAUCCUAAAAGUCUAGGUGAAGUCAAGGAUGAGAAUGAAUCCUCGAGUAGAAGCGAGUUCAGCGAGAACAGUAGUCGACAACAAACUCCACUUGAAUCACGUCGCUCACCAAAGAAAAGUUCGCAUGAGUCCAAGGAUGGCAAUGAGACCUAUUUUGCUGCUCUAGGUAAGAAGAACCAAGAGAGACCUGACCACUUGCCACCUUCUCAGGGUGGUAAGUAUCAAGGAUUUGGAAAUACACCAAUCAAUGAUGCUGAUCAAACAAAGGGUGCCAAGGCCACAUUCAGUAUAGAAAAUAUCCAAAAAGAUCCUUUUGGAACUUUCACAAAAGGAUGGGGAUUGUUUAGCUCUGCUGUGACGAAAUCUUUGGAAGAAGUCAACGAGUCUGUUAUAAAACCAGGUUAUCAGCAAUGGCAAACCGGUGAGCUAUCGGAAGAAACAAAAAGAGCUGCAGCUCAAUUCGGGCAAAAGUUUCAGGAAACUAGUAAUUAUGGAAUGGAAGCAUUUUCAUCCUUCACGAAGAAUAUACAGCAGCAGUAUGCCGGAGAAACAACCAGCAAUGCUGAAAAAGGUGGCGAGUACCACAACUUGAGCUCGAGUGAUUCUAAAAAUUACGGAGGCGUACAAUUUAGCUCGUUGAGUGAGACAAAUUCAAACUCAAAUUCAAACGGCAAAUCCAAGUCCAAAGUCGAAGACGAAUGGGACGAUUUUUGA